AUGAAAAACAAAAACAAUGUGACAGAAUUCAUCCUUUUGGGUAUUACAGAGAACCCAGAGCUGAAGAAAAUAUUUUCUGCUAUGUUUCUAAUCAUGUAUGUUGCUACACUUUUGGGAAACUUACUCAUUAUAGUACCUUUAAUCGCAAGUCAGAAUCUACGGUCACCUAUGUACUUUUCUCUUACCUUCUUGUCUUUUUUGGAUGUCUCCUACUCUUCUGUCAUCACCCCCAAGGUGAUUGUGGACUCCCUCUCUGAGAGCACCACCAUCUCCCUGGAAGGCUGCAUGACCCAGCUCUUUACAGAGCACUUCUUUGGUGGCAUGGGCAUCAUCCCACUUUUUAUGAUGGCCUAUGACCAUUAUGUGGCCAUCUGUAAGCCCCUGCACUACACAGUCAUCAUGAGCCCUCAGGUGUGCUGCCUGAUGAUGGGAGGGAUUUGGGUGGGGGGAUCCCUGCAUGCCACAGUACAACUUCUCUUCAUGUACCAAAUACCUUUCUGUGGCCCCAAUGUUAUUGAUCACUUUAUAUGUGAUUUGUUUCCAUUGUUGAAACUUACCUGCAUGGACACCCACACCCUGGGUCUCUUAGUCAUCCUCAACAGUAGGAUGAUGUGUACAGCUAUCUUCUUUAUCCUAAUUGCUUCAUAUAUAGUUAUCUUUUGUUCCCUGAAAUCUUAUAGUUCUGAAGGGCAGCUCAAAGCCCUCUCCAUAUGUGGUGUGGCUACCUACCCCAUAGACAAGGCUAUAACUAUGUUUGAUACAAUCUUUCCACACAUGUUAAAUCCCUUGAUAUACACUUUGAGGAAUGCAGAGGUGAAAAAUGCCAUGAAAAAAACUAUGACUGAAACAAAAGAUUGUGGUUGGUAG